AUGCGCGCUGUGGUCUCUAGAUACUCAUCAAUCACCUUCAACCGAGCUGUCAGAGCGGGCAGAUUCCGUUUCUGGGAGGCAGGCUUGCAGCUGGGGAGAGGGCGAGAACGUCGUCAUUAAUUAGAGGGUGACCCCGGGGCGAUUCACAGGUCUGAACCCAGGACUCUUUCCCAGCAAGUCAGCACAGCGCCGCCGUGCACGGCUCCCUCCCGGCGACCGCGGGAGGCCAGGCCGGGCGGGAGAAGCAGGGGCGAGCCCGGCCCCCGGAGGGUGGCGGCGCAAGAGGCGGGCCGGGGUUCCGGGUGGCCCGGGCGUCCCCUUACCGCCUGUGCGCUGGCCGCCACUCUGGACUCGGGCAAGGGCCCAGGGCCGGGACUGGCUGGGGAAGUGCAGGGGUGGGCGCUCGACCGCUCCCCAGACCGCUCCCUGUGCCCUGGGCAGGGAAGGGCGCCCCUCCCCCGUACCUAGGCCCGAAGGUCGCCGGGCGGAGCGAGCGCAGCAGGAGGGGCCCCGGAGCCGAGUCGGGAAAGCUGCUCGUCCGACCGCGCUGGGCUGUCUGGCAGUCCCGGGUUGAGCCGCGAGGGGCAGGGGGAGGCUUGAGGGAGGGCGGCCCGCGGGAGCGGGUGGGGGAGAAAAGGGAGGGCCCGUGCGCCGAGCUGGAACUUGCUGGGCGAGGAGGGGGUUGUUCCCCGGGAACACGGCGGCCUAGAGUGGCAAGCCCACUUGGCCCACCGAGCCCUGGGGCGGCGGGCUCUGGGGAAGGCCCAGACCCACACACUGAGGGCAUUCUGGCCUCCAGAUGCAGACGCGCUGGUAGCCGCGCUGCUUCUGGAAUUGCAGCCCGGUGUAGGGUUCGAACUGGUGGGAGGCUUUGCUGAGUCCCGGUUAAACAAUAGUGGGGCCCGCGCCGCCUUCCUUCGCCGCGCGCCGGCCCGCGGAGCUGCCUUCCUUCCACCUGGAGGGGUGCGCGGAGAGCGGAGGCCCGGCCGGUCGGCCGGCUGCGCCAACGCGCGGCUAAUCUUAACUGUUGAUUACAUCUCUGGUGAAGACUCCCUCGUAGACCCCUCAUAUGUCUCAUUUGUAAUUGAGACUAAUGAUUACAGUGGGGUGGGAAAGGAGCAGCUGCUCAUUAAUUAAUUUCUAAUUAAAAGUGCCUCCCCUCCUCGGUGACUAAGGAGAAACACGGUUCGUCGGGGCGCUAUUGACUCCGCGGAUGACAUUCAUUUGUUACAGCCGUGCGCCCUCCGCCCGGGGCUGCGCGGCCGAGCGACCCACGCGUCUGCCGCCCGGCCGGGGUGCGCGGAGUGGGGCUGACGUCAGAGACUCCGCCGCUUAAAGCCGCGCGCCGCUGACUUGACGGAUUCGCACGACUCAUUUUUUUUUUCCUUUUUUGCAAAAUAUGUAUUUGUGUCGCCGCUGCGAGGCCGGUCGGUCCCAGAGCCCCCUGGAGGCUCCGGACUGUGAAGCUAAAAGGAUCGCCGCGUCCGUCGCGGCUCACUUUCCUACCCAGUUGGAAAAGUUUGCGGAGCGCGUGUCUGAAUUAACCCGCUCUUCUGCUUUGCCCGCCCAGCGCCUAGAAGCCGGCGGCCCCGGAGCAGUGGCCGCGCCACGCCGUCCCCCUCGCGCAGGACCCCGCCGGCCCCGCCCGUCGACCCCGGGCCGCGCCCGCCAUGUCCUACCCGCAGUUUGGGUACCCCUACUCCUCGGCACCCCAGUUCCUGAUGACCACCAACUCCCUGAGCACGUGCUGCGAAUCCGGUGGCCGCACGCUGGCCGACUCCAGGCCGGCUGCCUCAGCCCAGGCGCCCGUCUACUGCCCGGUCUACGAGAGCCGGCUGCUGGCCACCGCGCGCCACGAGCUGAACUCAGCGGCGGCGCUUGGCGUCUAUGGGGGCCCCUACGGCGGCUCGCAGGGCUACGGCAACUACGUGACCUACGGUUCUGAGGCGUCUGCCUUUUACUCGCUGAACAGCUUCGACUCCAAGGACGCACCGGGAUCUGCGCAUGCGGGCCUCGCUCCGGCAGCGGCCACAGCCUACUACCCCUACGAGCCGGCGUUGGGCCAGUACCCCUACGACAGGUACGGGACCAUGGACAGCGGCACGCGGCGGAAGAACGCCACGCGCGAGACCACCAGCACCCUCAAGGCCUGGCUGCAGGAGCACCGCAAGAACCCCUACCCCACCAAGGGCGAGAAGAUCAUGCUGGCCAUCAUCACCAAGAUGACCCUCACGCAGGUCUCCACCUGGUUCGCCAACGCACGCCGGCGCCUCAAGAAGGAGAACAAGAUGACGUGGCCGCCGAGGAACAAGUGUGCGGAUGAGAAGCGGCCCUACGCGGAGGGCGAGGAGGAAGAGGGGGGCGAGGAGGAAGCCAGGGCGCAGCCCCUCAAGAGCACCAAAGAGCCCACAGACAAAGAGAAGGAUCUGGAGCUCAGCGACUUGGAGGACUUCGACCCCCUGGAGGGGGAGCCCCCAGAGUGCGAGCUGAAGCCGCCCUUCCAACCCCUGGAUGGAGGCCUGGAUCGAGUCCCCGCCGUGCCAGACGGCCCCAGCGCCCCAGGGAAGGAGGCUCCGGGCGCCCUCCGGAUGCCCCUGGCCGCCGGGGGUGGGGCCACUCUGGACCAGGACCUGGAGAGGGCCCGGAGCUGCCUCCGGAGCACGGCGGCUCGGCCGGAGCACCAGGUGGGCGCGGGGGUUGGCCCGCAGACCUGCGAGCCCAAGCUGGGCUUUGCUCCAGCGGGGGCGUCGGCGGGCCUCGAGGCCAAGCCGCGCAUCUGGUCCCUGGCACACACGGCCACCGCGGCCGCCGCCACCGCCCUCGGCCAGACUGAGUUUCCCUCGUGCAUGCUCAAGCGCCAUGGCCCCGCUGGCCCUGCGGCCCCCUCCUCGGCGCCCGCCUCCUCCUCGCCUGCGACCCCGGCUCCCGCCGGUGCCCUGGACAGGCACCAGGACUCCCCGGUAACCAGUCUCAGAAACUGGGUGGACGGGGUCUUCCACGACCCCAUCCUCAGACACAGCACUUUGAACCAGGCCUGGGCCAGCGCCAAGGGCGCCCUUCUGGACCCGGGGCCGCUGGGCCGCUCGCUGGCGGGGGGCGCCAAAGUGCUGACGACGCCCCUGGCGCGCUCCUUCCCGCCCGUCGCGCCCCAAGACGCCCCCGCCUCCGGCGCAGCCAAGGAGCUGCCAGCCACGCCCAAGGCCGGCGGCAAGCCCUUCUGCGCGUAGCUGGCCGCCUGCCUGGGCGAGGAGGCAGCCGGUGCUGGGGCUGCAGGCUACAACUCUUUUUUCUACCGAGUUUCCAAAGUGAGGCAAGAGCUCGGCAAAGCUCAGGUCGCCAACCCACCCUGAAGGGAGGAUCUGAACUCGGGCUCCCGGGGCCACGGACAAGCCCCCGGAGCGCCCGGACAGGAGUCCGCCCGGCCGUGCCAGACUCGGGGACCGAGCAGGAUAGGGCUGCUGUCAGAGCAGCAGGGAAACACCCUGAAGCAAAAAGUUUACGUGCAAAAGUUUACACACAGAAGACGUUUCCGUUCCGAGGCCUGUCUGUGUACCUGUCUGCUUUGGGUUGAGGCUUUGCCGCCAUUCCUUGUGAAGACUCCUCAGCCUGCUGGCCUUCCGAUUCCAUCCUCCGCGCAUACUUUUCACCAACACCACUUCCACCGAGUUUACACUAUUGCACACUCUUAACUCGAUAAAAUUAUGUUUUUUUAAUGUAUGUUCACACCGAUAAUUGCCUGCUUCAGAGGCUAAUAUAACAAAACCAAUAAAACCGAGUGAUGGUG